GAGGUCAGGGAAGUAGGCUGCAGUCAGUCCGCACUCCCGGCACUCGAGGGCUUUGGGAAUUGCAGAACAGUUGAUUCUGGCAGGAGAUUCUUCCUCCCCAGGGCCAGAGCCUGAGCUACAUAGCUAUUGCAGGCCUAGCAACAUUUCCCGGUCGGCUGGCUGCCCCGGCCACACCAGGAAGGGCCGCUCAGGUGGAACAACUCCACAAUCGAGGGCAGACCUCGGGGAUCCCUGGGAUCCUGACGUCCAGUUCCCCCACGGCUCCGCCCGGUCUGAGCACUCCCGCGCUGGCGCCGCCAACUCAAUCGCGGUGAAGUGCGCCUGGUUUCCUAGACGCCAGCCACUUAGCUGACAAGCCGAGGGACAGCAGGAGACACUCGGGACCCAAGCAUCCAGCACCGGAAACGGAAAUAUCCACUAGCCCGUGCCCCUCUAGGAAGUGGCAGCGAACAGUCUCGGUAGGUUUAACCCUCUCAUUCACCUGGCCAGCAGGAGCUCCCUAUCUGCGGCUAUUGUCAGGAACUUGAUACUUUCGACCUGGCUCCGGGUUCUGAGUCCGUCAGCGCGGUCUUCGGUGACCUGGCCACCGCUGGGGGACGGCGAAGCGAGCCUGAAGGAAAAGGCGGUCGCUGCCGAGGACACGCUGGGGACAGAGUACCCAAGUUACCCGGAGCAGCACGGUACUGAGACUUCAUGGUCGGAUGUCUGUGUUCUCCAAAGGCACGAGCCCAUUCCGAGUACCCUGGGAGUUUCUGACCCAUCCUAAGCUAGGCGUGUUAGGCUUGGCGUGGACUAUAUAUCCCAGCAUGCUUCGCACGCGCCUCCUGGGCUCGCACAGCGAUUAGAUAACCACUACUCAUGACGUGCUUUCUGCAACCAUGCAAAAGUCGGAGCACCAGCAUCGAGAACUACAACUUCCGACUUGCAUAAUAACUGCGGUGGCACCAUUCAAAAUGCGUCAGAGAGGAGGAGCCUGGCCACGCCCCUCUCUUCCAGUUCCGCUCCCCUGGAUGAGCGGCGAGAAGUGGGGCGGAGCCUUAGGCCUGAGCCAAGAUGGCGGCUGCGAAACCAACCCCUACGGACUCGCUCUCGUUCUGCCUCGCGCAGCUCACGGCGGCCGCUGGGGAGGGCGUAGGUGGGGGAAAGGACACAGCUACAAACGAGACACCCUUGGGCCGUGCGCUCUUAGCCCUCCGCACGCGCCACGUCAAGGCAGCGGGGGGAAUCGAGCGCUUCCGGGCACGCGGCGGGCUCCGCCCCCUUCUCGCGCUGCUACGGCGAGCGGCUGCCGCGGGUCCCGCCCUAUCCCAGGCCGGCCCCGGCUCCGCCCCCUCAUCGGUCGAGUCAGCGGCUUCUGCUGCCCCCGCCCCCUCGUCGGGCCCUGCCCCCUCCGCUGCGUCGCCGUCGACGCCUUCGCCGCCAGCGCGCCUGCGCAAGACCCUGGACUUGGCGCUCAGCAUCCUAGCCAACUGUUGUACGGAGGGGGCGUGCCGGGCUGAAGUGCGCAGACUCGGAGGCAUUGGCCCUUUGGUGACUAUUCUUCAGUGUGUGAAGACAGACAGCAUCCAGAACCGAACAGCUCGUGCUCUGGGGAACUUAGCCAUGGAACCUGAGAGCUGUGGGGACAUUCAUUCUGCUGGUGCUGUUCCCCUGCUCGUUGAGAGCCUGACAGCCUGCCAGGACUCCCAGUGCCUGCAGAGUGUGGUUCGCGCCCUCCGCAACCUGGCAGACUCACCCCAGCACCGCCUGGCCCUGGCACAGCAGGGAGCAGUGCGCCCGCUGGCUGAGCUUCUGGCUGCUGCCCCAGACCCUGCGCUGACCUUGGCCCUAGUCCGUGCCCUCCUGGAGCUGAGUCGAGGCUGCUCCCGGGCCUGUGCUGAGCAGCUAAGUCUGGGUGGGGGACUAGGCCCACUGGUCAGCCUGGCCUCCCACCCCAAAAGGGCGGUACGGGAGGCAACUAUCCUGAUCCUUGCCAACCUGUGUGCCCAGGGCCUGGUACGGCCUGCACUGGGCAAUGCUGGUGGUGUGGAAGUGCUACUGGGUGAGCUCCGGCGGCGCCGGGGCUCCACUGGGGCUAGCCCAGCCUCUCAGCAGCCCUUGGUGCGGGCUGUGUGUCUGCUGUGCCGGGAGGCCAUCAACCGGGCCCGGCUGCGGGACGCUGGUGGUUUGGAGCUGCUGAUGGGCCUGCUGCGGGACCCUCGUGCCAGCGCCUGGCACCCUCGUGUCGUGGCCGCCCUCGUGGGCUUCCUCUAUGAUACUGGGGCCCUAGGUCGGCUACAGGCUCUGGGACUUGUACCUCUCUUGGCUGGGCAGCUCUGUGGUGAGGCUGGUGAUGAGGAAGAAGAGGGAAGAGAAGCUGCUUCCUGGGACUUUCCUGAGGAGCGGACCCCUGAGCGGGCAGAGGCGGGAAGCUUCCGAAGCCUCAGGUCAUGGCUGAUCUCCGAGGGCUACGCUGCAGGCCCAGGAGACAUCUCCCCUGACUGGUCCCCUGAGCGAUGUCCACAGCCACCACCACCACCGGAAGCGGCUGAGCCAGCCAGCCCUGCCCCAGGCCCGACCUUGCUGCGGACACCUCGCACACUGCGCACACCAGGCCGCAGCCCUGCCGCUGCUGAGGAACCUUGGGGCCGUGAGGGGCCAGCGCUCCUGCUGCUGUCACGCUUCUCCCAGGCUCCUGACCCAAGUGGGGCACUGGUGACUGGUCCGGCCCUGUGUGGCCUGCUGGCUUAUGUGACGGGUGCGCCGGGCCCACCGAGCCCUCGUGCACUGCGCAUCCUGGCACGCCUCACAUGCAACCCCGCCUGCCUUGAGGCCUUUGUGCGCAGCUAUGGUGCAGCACUACUGCGCGCCUGGCUCGUGCUUGGCGUUGCCCCGGACGACUGGCCUGAGCUGGGUACCCGGCCUGAUCGCAGCAGCCAGCAUCGGGAGCUGGGUGAGAUGCUGCUGCAGAACCUGACCGUUCAGGCCGAAUCGCCCUUUGGAGUGGGUGCCCUCACUCACCUGCUGCUCUCUGGGAGCCCUGAGGACCGUGUGGCCUGCGCACUGACCCUGCCCUUCAUCUGUCGGAAGCCCUCUCUGUGGCGCCGGCUACUUCUGGACCAGGGCGGCCUCCGUCUCCUCCUCUCAGCACUAACUCGGCCAGCUCCGCAUCCACUCUUUCUCUUCUUUGCUGCGGACUCCCUUUCCUGCCUCCAAGGCUUGGUAUCCCCCACUGUGAGCCCAGCCCUCCCUCCUGCAGUCCCCUUAGACCUAGGCCCACCCUCCCCUUGCCUCUAUGAACCUUUGCUGGGCCCAGCCCCCAUCCCAGCCCCUGACCUACACUUCCUACUGGACUCAGGCCUACAGCUCCCUGCCCAGCGAGCUGCCUCAGCUACUGCCUCCCCUUUCUUCCGGGCGCUGCUAGCUGGCAGUUUUGCAGAAGCCCAGAUGGACCUCGUCCCACUUCGAGGCCUGUCACCCAGCGCGGCCUGGCCUAUCCUGCAUCACUUGCAUGGCUGCCGGGGCUGUGGAGCUGCCCUAGGGCCCAUUCCCCCACCGGGCCAGCCCCUGCUAGGCUCAGGGGCUGAGGAGGCACUGGAGGCUGCUGGCCGUUUCCUGUUGCCUGGGCUGGAGGAGGAGCUGGAAGAGGCUGUGGGCCGUAUCCACUUAGGACCCCAGGGUGGACCAGAGUCAGUGGGUGAAGUAUUUCGCUUGGGCCGGCCCCGGCUGGCUGCCCACUGUGCCCGCUGGACGCUGGGGCCGGGGCAGUGCCCUCGGAAGAGGGCCCUGGCCCUAGUGGGGCUUGUGGAGGCAGCAGGUGAGGAGGCAGGGCCCCUGACUGAGGCUUUACUGGCUGUGGUGAUGGGGGUUGAAUUAGGAGCAAAGGUCCCACCCUAGGCUGUUGAUGUUCACCGGGAGGGGACCCAAGGAUGAGCUGGCUAUGAAGGAGGCCUCCCUCAGAGUAGCAUGAGAGAAGGCUGAACAGAAGGAGUCACCAUCGAGGACCGAUGAGAGGAUGGAACUAGACUCCAGGAUGAUGGUCUGAAGACUCAGGAGUGAGAAGCCAAAGCCAGAGUCUGGGGCCAUGAGAUGGAGAACAGCCCAGGGCUCCAGGCACCUGGCCUGGGCCAGCCUUCUGGAGUUGGGAUUAAAAACUUUGGAGUUGGA